ACGCGCCCACUGCGACUAUAUAAGCACCCAAAGCCAGGCUCAGCUCAGUCCGCAUACAUAUGGUCUCGGAGGAUGAGUGGCCCAAUCAUCAACCACUAUGACAAGUCGACUUUCAUCGAAACAGACACCGGAAACAAAGUCUCAAGGAAGGCUCUCAUCUCUGGAUCUCAAAACAUCAUCCUCGGUGGCAAAACGAUCAUCCAACACCUCGUCAUCAUCAGGGGAGACCUUCGCAGGGCUGGGGUCGGUAACUCAGUCGUGAUCGGGAUCGGCAAGUUCUGUUUAUUGAGCGAACGAUCGGUCAUCAGACCACCUUAUAAAACAUACAAGGGUGUGUUUUCUUACUAUCCAAUGAAGAUCGGUGACCAUGUCCACAUAGGAGCAGAUACUAUAGUCGAAGCAGCCAGCAUCGGAAACUUGGUUGAAAUCGGAAAAAACUGCGUGAUCGGUCGCUUUGCGAUCAUCAAGGACUGCGUUAAAAUCGCGGAUCACACCAUCAUCCCACCUGGAACGGUGGUUGCUUCAAUGUCGCUUUAUUCCGGCUCGCCAGGACGGUGGCAGGCUGACCUGCCCGAAGGAACACCCGAAUUGAUGGAAGCUCAGAGUAAAAGCUAUUACAGUCGAUUCCAACCGGCUUGAUUCAAACUCCAUGUCAUAUAGUAGUUUUUAUUUUUGUCCUACUUGUAUAUCUAUCGUUUCAGAACCUCAACCAUCCUCGUCUUGGACAUGCUGUUGUAUUGCAAUCAAUCCCUUGUCGAUCACGAAGCCCCGAUGCAGACUUUGUAAUUCCAAAUCCCAAAAUAGUUUACUUGAUGAUGAAGAUUAAUUGAUAUCGAGUUCCCCCAAGCAAACCAGGUUGGAAUUUGAUAGAAAAAGAC